AGAGCCAGUGCACUUCCAGAAUCCAAACAUUUAACAAGUGAACACAUAACAGGCACAAUGAGGGCGCUCGUCCCGUUGCUUGCGUUAGGAUGUCUUUUAGUGGUCGCUUGGGGGCGGGAGAUAGGGCAAUCGGAUCUGGAGGCCGCGGCGAGCCACCACAAGGGGCACCACCACGAAGAAGGCGGCGGCAAGGAGCACCACGCUCACCACCACCACGAACACGGCGAGAAAGGCCACAAGGGACAUAAGGGCCACCACCAUCAUCACAAAGGCGAGCACGGGGAACACCACCACCAUCACCACAAAGGCCAUCACCACGAGCACGGAGGCGGCCACAAGAAGCACUGGGACGAGGACGAUCACCACGGCCACCAUCACGAGCACGGUCAUCAUCACAAAGGUGGGAAGCAUCACCAUAAGAAGCACCACGAUAAGGGAGAAGAGACUGAGGGUUACCACAAGAAGUACCAUAAGGACGAAUACCACAAGGACCACCACUUCUACGAUGAGCACCACAAGGAAGGCAAGCACCACAAACACGGGGACCAUCACGGACAUCAUGAGAAGAAAGGAGGUCACCACAAAAAGGGAGGUCACCACGAUUCCGGCCACCAUGAGGAGCAUCAUGGUCACCACAAGCAUCACGAUAAGCACCACCAUGAUGAGGACCACAAAGGCUGGAAAGGACACCAUGGUCAUGAGGAGCACCACCACGAUCACCACGAUCACGGCAAGAAGGGUGGCCAUGAAGACCACAAGCAUUGGGGAUUCCACCACGGCAAGCACUGAUUUAAUUGUUAAGUUAUUUGUUGCCUACCUAUUUUUGUUAUAUGCUGUAAAUAAAAACUAUAAAUAAAUGACUCUUGUUAUGUAAUUUA